AUGCCCAAAAGGAAGGUCAGCUCUGCCGAAGGGGCGGUAAAGGAAGAGCCCAAGAGGAGAUCGGCGCGGUUGUCAGCUAAACCUGUUUCUGCAAAAGAGGAAACGAAGCCAAAAAAGGCAGCAGGAAAGGAUAAAUCAACAGAUAAGAAAGUGCAAACAAAAGGAAAAAGAGGAGCAAAGGGAAAACAGGCUGAAGUGGCUAACCAAGAAACUAAAGAAGAUUUACCUGCAGAAAAUGGAGAAACUAAAAACGAGGAGAGUCCAGCCUCUGAUGAAGCAGGAGAUAAAGAAGCCAAGUCUGAUUAAUGUUUGUCUACCAUGUCUUAUCAGUCAGUAGUCCCUGUAUCUCCCUUCUUGUACAAUCCAGAGGAAUAUUUUUAUCAACUAUUUUGUAAAUGCAAGUUUUUUAGUAGCUCUAGAAACAUUUUUAAGGAGGAGGAAAUCCCACUUCAUCCCAUUUUUUAAGUGUAAAUGCUUUUUUGUUUGUUUGUUUUUAAAAAAAGAAAUGAAACCAUUUGCUGGUUGUUUAUUUUUUGGUACAACCAGAAAAUAAUGGGAUGUUGACUUGUGGGAGGCUUUGACUGUCUUGGGUGUCAGCAUAACAUUCCGGGGGGGGGGGGCAGUUUUUAUAUCCCAUGAUACCAGGC